AUGUCUAUGUUGCCAAACAAAGAUACUAUGGGAUGGAAACCACUCGAUAAAUGUCUAUAUUUCGUUCUCAACACUACAUUACGAUCAAAAGAUCGAGAAGCUCUUAAACCAUGGUAUCUUUAUUUAAAACUUUUUCUCAGUGCACUUUUUCGACUUCCGCCACUUCAACGAACGGUAUUUCGAGGAGUUAAGUCAACUAUGACUGAGAAUUACAUCAAAGACGAGACAAUUGUUUGGUGGGCAUUUUCCUCAUGUACCACAUCGAUUGGUGUUUUAAAAUCCGAACUUUUUUUGGGUAAAACUUGUCCAAGAACAAUUUUUAAUAUAGAAUGUCAAUCAGCCAGAGAUAUUCGAAAACAUUCUUACUAUUCACUUGAAGACGAAGUUUUGCUUCUUCCUGCUACUCAAUUCAAAGUAGUCAGUUGUCUUGAUCAAAAUGAUCUUCAUAUAAUUCAACUUCAAGAAACUAUCCCACCAUUUCCACUGUUGCAACCACCGUCAAUGAUUUCUCCACCGGACACUUCAACUACAACGGUUUCAAUUCUUGCAGAACAAGAAGACAUUUCUCCACUACAAAAUAUUGCAACUACAACAAGCAAAAAAUUAUCAAAGCUCGAAAGAUUUCUUGCGAGGCACAGAGAUGAAUAUGAAUUGUAUCUAACUUUGUAUUACGACAGAAUACAACACUUUCUUUACUGUUUCUUCCCAACAAUAAAAUCGGAGACAAAGGUGUACAAUAUCUCAGUGAUGUAUUACGACAAAACACGACACUUGAGAAACUUACCAUUGAAUACAAUCAAAUCACAGAUGAUGACACUUAUUGAACUCGAUUUGGGAGGCAAUCAAAUUGGAGACAAGGGUGCACAAUAUAUUAGUGAUGUAUUACGACAGAAUACAACACUCACUAAACUCCUUCUAUUCGGCAAUCAAAUUGGAGACAAAGGUGCACAAUGUCUCAGUGAUUCAUUACAACAGAACACGACAUUAGAAGAACUCAAUCUAUACAAUAAUCAAAUAGGACCUCAAAGCAAAAAUGCUCUAACUGAUCUACAGAAAAAUAACAAAGCUUUAAAAAUGAGCUUAUAA